UUGGAUUCCGCAUCGACUCCAAUUUGCAACUGACUGUCACAAUCCAUUCUGAUAGCUGCACUGCUUUGAGUAAAGACUGCGGGUGCCAUAACGAAGCACUCGGCAGACUUUCCCUCUUGGGUCUAGGCUAGGUAUCAGUAGAACCGUUGCCGAGAGUCGACGCUAUCCAUAUUUCGCGCCAUGAAUGAACAGUCGGGAAUAAGCAGUGACGAAUCUUACGCACAGGAUUGGGUUGUGGAAUUCGAAGUGAUUGAUGAAGCUGCAGAAAGUGCAUCGCACGACGCCGUUCCUGCUGCGGAUCAGCGACACCUGCAAGAGAAUGUUGAAGAAGUUGCCGGACUUGAAAAUUCCGGGGUCAACCUCGUGAGCAACGGCAGCCUGCCAGAAGAACAACAAUUGCAGCAACAGGAACAGUAUCCUAAAGCAUGGCACUUCGGCGUAAGUGAUGGCAGCGACGAUCCUUUGAACUUUUUGCUUUCGGAAGAUGAUUCUGGUGUUCGCGCCUUCGGAAUUUCUGGUUCGUGUAUACAGCCGACAGAGCCCCCCGAAUCUUUUUCUUUCAAUGUUGAACAAAAGCAAGCAGUAGAAACGUUUCUUUCCGGCGAAGCGAUACUCCAGACGCCCGGAAACCACGUAAUCUUGGGUUGCCGGAACUUCGCACCUUCCCCGGCGAAUCACAAGUUUGACCAUCUGUUGCAGCAAUACUGGUUGGAUGUCCGCGCAGUCGAAGGCGCACUGGAAAGUCGGAAGCGUAAAACGGCCGAUGUUAUCGAAAUCAUCCAUCGGCACGGUGACUACUUUUGUUUUUGGGACGCCCACGAUGGGCCCCGGGACGACAAUGGUAAACUGUGCAGUCUUAGUGCUACAACAUGGCAAGCGUUUUGCUUUCGGAGGCUCGAAAGUGAUAAGGAGCUCAAAGCCAAGCUACGCUUCCCACUCGAAACGAGUCUGAACCGGCUGACCGGACGAACUCAUCACCAGCACUCGUCCUCUGGAGCUUCAAGCGUAUUGGCUGAGCAAGGUAUGGGUGGAAUUUCGAGGCCACUCAUGAACCUUUCUAUUCACGCCGAACGUGAGCCGUCGGAUGCAGCGGAAGAGGCCGUUCCGGCAUCUACCCGAAAGCGUUCCAUACCUAAAAAAUCCCAUCUGCAAAAAGAAGCCUCCUGGAAGUCAACCCUUCCCAGUUCCAAUAUACAUGAGAUUGAUUCAGAAAGUGAAGAGCCCGGAGUAUCGGAACCACUGUACGGCAGAUACAAAGAAAUGAAGGAUUUGAAAGAAAAGGUCUCGCCCGACGGUAAAUUAGUGUCUUUGGUGGGUCGAUCGGGUGUUGGAAAGACCCAUCUUGCACGUGUCUUUGCAUGGGAAUGGACAAAAGAGCGAGACAAGAACUGCACUCGUUUUGGCUUUUGGCUCAAUGCAGCUACGGAAUCAACUUUGCGCGAAAGCUACGAAACCGCAAUUCGACGACUUCGCCACGGGACGAGUCUUGAAGAGCCUUCGGCGAAACGACGAAUGGUAACUAUCCAAAGCCUAGCCCUUCGUCUUUGGGAAACUCUUGCUCAAUUAUCUUUGUCGUUCGAGUGGAUUCUGGUAUUUGACAAUGUCCCGGCCUUUGUAGAAGCCUUAGAUGGAACAAAAAGAGAGGGUCCUUUGGGAUUUCAAGAGUGGUUCCUUCCAAGAGACUGGAGAAAUGGUCGUGGCCGGAUACUAUUGUUAUCGACACACGAUGGAUAUGUUGGGACAACAAAAUCCAGCAUGGGAUAUAUCGCUCAAAUCCGUGUCGACCUCUUGGAUGAAGAAUCAGCUGUGCAAAUGUUACAAGCAGAUCUGCCGGAAGAACAGGGCAGCGAGGCCUCAUUGCAUCGCUUGGUUUCGUUAUUCGAUUGUUUACCGCUAGCUAUAGCUACGGCAAAGGGAGAAUUGCUGAAUGACGUGAUAAGUGUCGACCAGUACAUAAAACGGAACAAUUUUGAUGCUGUGCAAAAUAGGGUCCAGGCGGCCAUCAGAAGUUCUUUAAAUAACGCUUACCAACGGGGUCUCGGGAAAGUUCUGGAUGUGGCUGCUUAUGUGAACCCCGAUUCUAUACCGCUGAUUUUGUUGGGAGGAGAGAGCGCCAAUAGAGCAGCGAUACAACUCACGAAGUGGAACAUUCUGAGGAGGGACUGGAAGACAGAUAGUAAUGAAGAGGUAUACUCCAUGCAUCGGCUGCAUCAAAAUGCUGCACGGCAGGUCUCAUUGGAAAAUGGAUGUUCGCCUGGAGCUGCUCUCCGAGUGGUCCACGAAAAUAUUACAACAUUUGAUCGCGACACUCCUGCACAUUGGAAACUCCCAGCUGCCAUGGUAAAGCACGUGGUCGCGCUAAAGGAGCGAGUGGAAAGCUGGCCUUCGGAGCUUUGUUUCGUAUGGGCGCAAACUCUUCAGAAGACUGCAGAAGUGAACCGGUGGGUAAAUCAUGACUUUGGAGGAGCGAAGAAAAUGUCGCACUCUUGUAUUUCGGUAUGCUCCAGCAUUUUGAAGUCGGAAUGCCUGCUAGCAGAAGUGCGAGAAGCUGUCAGUGAAGAAAUGGUCAAGGUACACAUGUUCCUUGGAAAACUGCACCGAUCCUGUUCGCAACCGGACGAUGCAAAAGAAAGCUUUGACCGAGCGCGCAACCUUUUACGACUUUGCCCAGCAAGUGAUGCGCGUUCCUGGCUGGAGGCUGACAUUUUGGAUGACAUUGGGAGACUGGAGCACAACAAGAGUUGCUAUGCCCAGGCCCUGGAACACUUCCGGAAAGCUCUUGAAAUUCGAUACAGAGCGAUACCAGACUCUACGCGAGGUGAAUUGGUAGGUUCCCCUUUUUAUUCCAACGAUGAAACCUAUUCCACAAGGCUCGUUGAACAAGAAGCACUGCGCGACUUAGGCCGAAAUCUAUUGAAGUCACUAUUAGAGUCAGCGGACACGGACGUUUCCCUGCCGAAACCGCAACCUGUAGAGCGAGAAUACAGCGCUCAGCGAAAAGUUCUCGGGGCGCUUGCGGACACCCUCGUGAAUUUUGGCCGAUCGUACCGUGAGGGCGAAGAUUGUGAGGGCGUACAAACCUGGACUAAAGAAAAUUAUGGACGCAGCUACGGCGAAAAUGGCUACCUCGAAGAAGCCUUGUUCUGGUUUGAAGCAGCUCUUGGAGCGCAAUCUCUGCAGUUUCGGAAUGAGAUUCAGAAUGACUCAGUGGCAACUACCAUAAGUCACCUCGGCCGAGUCCAUAUAGCGAAAGGGAACUUUGCUACAGGGCUGGAGAUGUUUCAAAAAUCUCUCGCCAUGAAGCAACAUGUAUAUGGCAAGGAGAAGGGCAACGAAUCGAUUGCUACAGCUUGGGGUAACGUGGCUACAGCUAAGAGACUUAUGGGAGAGUGUCUCGUGAGCGAGCAUCGUUUCGAAGCGGCAUUUCAAUGUUACACUGAAGCCUUUGAGAAUUACAAACGAGCCCUUGGUAUGCUGAAGUCUCUUUUUAACGAUUCGAACCACAAAAAAGUGCGAGAGACUUGCGCCGGGAUUAUGAGCGUAGCAAAUUCGGUGUCACUUCUGACCGACUUGUUGAUCGCCAUGAAUGACCCUGACGCCACACUAGAAAUUAAUUGCCGUGGGCUCGUCGAGUGCUGCUCUAAUUCUAUAUCCGACCAGCAAUUCGAACAGUAA